UUAACCACCCAAAGGAAAUCAUAUCUGCUUGAGUAUUGAACGUUGUACUACAAUGGCCCUCAACUGGACGAUGCUUUCUCCUGAGCGCUCGCCUAUGCCCCUUCCGCACGAACUCAUCAUCCGCACCAUCGACCCCCCGGGUGCCGACCUCACGCUUUUCAUCCCGAGCUCGAUUGGAUCGGCCUCGCGUUCGAGCUUAGCACCUAGCUCAUCUUCAAACCCGGGUGUUACCACCAACGAGAAGAGACUUACUGCGCCAGGUGGACUCUGGCUAACAGACACACGACUGAUAUUCGUCUCCGCUACGCCACCUAAGGAUGGCGUCCUCGAGUCGCUCUCCGUCCCCCUUGCGUCGAUAGUCUCGACCAAGUUCGAGCAGCCAUUCUUCGGCGCGAACUACCUCGUCAUCGACAUCAAGCCGACCCCGAGCGGCGGGCUCACGGACGGUACGCGCGCGGAGAUUCGCCUGAAGGACAAGGGCCUCUUCGAGUUUGUGAGCUCGCUAGAGAAGACUAGGGAGCGCGCGAUCUACAUGCGUCGGCAGAGCUGUGAUGAGGAGGAAGGUCUCCCAUCAUACGGUUCUCCCUCUGGACCCUCUCUCUCUACAACUCCCGUGCCUACCAAUUCCGAGACUCCGUCGGAUGCACCACCAGCCUACGACGCUUAGCUAGACACUCUUCACCUACUUCGGCGUUUUCCUGGCUCCCUUCUUUAUGUACCUCCUCACGGCUCUUCAAUUAUCUCAGUAAGAUAUCAGGGAGGUGUUCUCGACAUUACCACGCCAUUAGCCGCCAAAUCUCUCGUACCACCGGUACUACCCGCAGCAUUCCGAGUCUCCGCACAAGAUGUACGACAAUGUUAUGUACGGAUGGAUGUAUUGUAAAGCAGCAAAUUGACAGAAGAAAUGUAAAGCUUGCUCUCUAUU